GGAAGUGAGGACGGGCGGGAGAGUCGAGGUUGCGACCCUGUGUGAAGCGGAGCGCUGGCCGGCCGGAGGGAGGGUGAGUGAGUGACGGGGAAGUGAGGAUCAGGAGUGGAGUUCCAGGGGAUAAAGGAGGAGACCGGGCAUCGGCCGACCUGAUUCAGAUGUUAACUUAUGAAUGAAAACCCACAUGACAGUCCCCAACAGCAAUACAGGACCAAUGUUAUGAACCGCUGCUGGAAGACAUUGAACUGAUUCCAUAUAAAAGUUUUAUAAGUUUAAACAUCAUCCUAGCAUAUUCUAUAAGGCAGCAUGACCAUGACGCAUGUUGGAGCAGUUGUGGCCGCACUAACUGCAUUCGUAGCUUUCUGCCUCUACUCCUCCAUACACAAGAUUGAAGAAGGGCAUCUUGGCAUUUACUACAGAGGUGGUGCGUUGUUGGUCACUCCAAGUUGCCCUGGAUAUCAUAUCAUGAUACCAUUCAUUACAUCCUUCAGAUCUGUUCAGACAACUUUACAAACAGAUGAAGUGAAAAAUGUUCCCUGUGGAACAAGUGGCGGGGUCAUGAUCUAUUUCGACAGGAUAGAGGUGGUGAAUAGCCUUGCUCCAAGUGCAGUGUAUGAUAUUGCAAAGAAUUACACGGCAGACUACGACAAGACUUUGAUUUUCAACAAAAUUCAUCAUGAACUGAACCAGUUUUGCAGUGUACACACCUUACAGGAAGUCUACAUUGAAUACUUUGAUCAAAUAGAUGAAAACCUCAAGUUGGCUUUACAAAAAGACUUGAAUGUCAUGGCACCUGGUCUUACAAUACAGGCUGUUCGAGUUACAAAGCCUAAAAUUCCGGAAGCAAUUCGAAGGAAUUUUGAACUUAUGGAGGCAGAGAAGACAAAGUUGCUCAUUUCUACACAGAGGCAAAAGGUUGUAGAGCAGGAGGCUGAAACGGAAAGGAAGCGAGCUAUUAUUGAGGCAGAGAAAUUUGCACAGGUAGCGCAGAUUCAAUUCCAGCAAAAGAUUAUGGAAAAAGAAACACAGAAGAAGAUUUCAGAAAUUGAAGAUCUUGCCUAUUUAGCCAGAGAGAAAGCUAAAGCAGAUGCAGAUUUCUACACUGCCCAGAAAACAGCACAAGCAAAUCAGAUGAAACUGACCAAAGAGUAUUUGGAGAUGAUUAAAUACCAAGCAAUAUCAUCAAACAGCAAGAUUUAUUUUGGUAGUGACAUUCCAGGCAUGUUUGUAGAUGCUAACGCCUUUUGGCAAAACACUGAAACGAGAACUGAGAAAAGUUCCUCCAGCAGUGAUGAAGACCGGGCAAUGCUCACAUCGGAAAACAUCUCGAGCAGUCGGCAGAAAGAUGCACUGAAGGACUCCGGAGGCAACGCUACUUAGACUAGAUUCAGAGGACAGACCCUCUUUGUUAAAUAUUACGGAAUGCUGAUUAUACAAGAGUGAAUUAUGUUCAAGUGGAUUCUGGUAUGACAACGGUCAGAUUGGGUGCAGAAUUAUACUACGGAAUACUCGGUGGCUUUAUGUAACAAUUGCUGCAAUAGCAACAAGUUGAAAUGUUGAUGUGGGUCAGAUGACUAAAGCUGGUUCUGUUCCAUUUCAGAACCUCAUCCCACGUCAAAAAUGGUUUUAUGUCUGAUUAGUAAUGUGGCGCCUAACUGAAAUUUCACUGUGGCGUUCUGUGUAUUUACCAAUACGUGUAAUGAGAAUUAAUUUUUGUACUAGUCUGGAAUUGCAAUUGGGACACCUACCAGCAGUAAAUGCUACAAUGGAGUAUUUUUCUGCUUUGAUUUUGGGUAUAAUAUGAAAUGAAUGGGAAUAUAAUUGACAACUGUGAACAAAUCUUUUAAAACUUGGACAAGCUACAAUACUUUUGGAAAUAGAGCAGUGGAAUAGGAAAAAUAUAUUUUAGAAUUAUCAAAAUACCUUUGUAUUUAAACAAUAUUGGCUAAUGCCGUGCUUUUACUAUGGCAGUUAUACUCAUUGACCAAGAACUUUUGGAUCUCAGUGGAAGAACAUUGGCCUCUUGUAGAUUGAAGUGUAGGAGACAGCUUGGAGUGAUAAGAGUUUAACUCUGUUAAAACUGUAUCAUUGCCUCUUGGCUUGUUGUGUUUGGUUUCUGACACUGGUAGUUUUGGGAACUAAUUAGGAUUUGCUUAAUUCUGUGCAACAUAAAACAAUCAGGGCAUUUUGUUUGCAAUUGAUGAAACUUUUUUUCACCGACCAGAAAUAAUCUAGAAGAAUGCAAACAGCUUUGAAGACUUGUAUGCACCACCUUAAGUCCAAUGAAAGCUGCAGUAGUAAUUGUAGGGGAGAAAGAGAGAGUUGUCCCUUAGUAUUAAUUAUACCAUCCAAGGCUGACCCUGAAUUUUAGGUUAUGAUGCACAAUUGAUUAUGUUCUACUAAUGGCUUCGUUUAGAAUGAGCUUUCCCACAGAUUUAUCACUCUGAAGAGAAGCCAGUUUCAGAAUGCAGGCACUUGAUGAAGAUUCUUUUACAUGCAAAGAGAUCUAUUCUGAUAAUCUGGGUAAUUGGUAUAUGCAGAUACUAAUCUUUAUUUUUGAUAAUUCAUUAUACAGUUAAGCAUUUUUGCCAUGUAAUCCUUCUCUGGUGUUCUAGCUUUUAUAUGCAGUAUUUGUAUUGAUCAGAGGCUGAUUUCCAACCCCAAGCAGACUUUUGAAGGUUUUACUGUGAAGAGUAAAUAUUGGUUCCUGCGUUUGAAUCAUUUCUCAUUGUAUAAAGCAGUGUCUAUUUCAAAUGAUGGUACCUAAAGUUGUUUUUUUUUCCCAAAAGAA